AUGGCCCUCUAUUCAAAGAAGUCACCCCCAAAAAGUGACAUCGACUUUUCUGAUGAAUUCGAAGGUGAAUCCUUGACAGUCAAACACUAUAUUAUCCAAAUUGACAAGAAACAAUCUAGACCCAGAAGGUUUCCACAAAAUUUUGACUCAUCAACGUCUAAGGGCUAUGACGUUGGUAGGAAGAUUGUUAUUGAGAAGAAGGAAGGACGAAAGUGCUUCAAUUAUGGAGGAACUGAUCACUUCUCUAGGGAGUGCAAGUCCAAGAAGGUGGACGUGAAUGAAGAUUACGAGGUGAAGUACAAGAAUCUGUUGAAAUCAUUGGAAAGGAAUCACAUUGAUGUGAAACUUUUGGUAGCAGAAGUUAAAAGAUGGGUAGAUGAAGAAGAAUCAUAUGAUGAAGAUGAAGGAAAGGACAAGUGUUUGAUGUCAUACACUGAUGUGUUUGUCACUAUUGAAGGAAGCAACAGUUUGAGUUCUUUUGAAGCUGAUCUAGCUAAAGUUGCUAAAGAUUCAAAGACGAUGGACUGGGACUCGUCAUCUUUAUAUCAAGUAAACAAAAUUUUCAUAUAUUAUAAUAACAAAAAAUGCAUGUUUGUUAAUUACUUGUGUCAAAUUUUAACAAGAAAAACACUCACUUAG